AUGCUAUGGAAGGAGAAAUUUGUAAAGGCAUGGACAAAUGAAUUUUUUCAUUUAGGAACUACUGUAACUUCUUACGUUGAAGAUGCACAUUUAACUCUUAAAGCUAACUUACAAGUAUCAACAGGGAUCUUUAUCGGUAUAGUUGCAUCAAAUCGUAUUUAUCUUCUGAUUUUUGCACAUAAUAAUCCAUUAUAUGCAAACAUUAAAGGUAGAGUUUCAAUAUUUGCUCUCAAAAAAAUAAAUGAGCAAUAUCAGAAGGCAGCCCACGCAACUAUACAGGAACCUUUACCACUAUGUACCAAAUCAUUUUCAAAAACAAUGGGUCUGCCUUGUGCUCAUAAUAUUCAACAUUUGGAUAAUAACCGGAGUCUAAUUAUUGAUAAUAUUCAUAAACAUUGGUGGAUUCAAGGAUAUUCAUUGGUACUACAAGCUGAUGAAAAUACCUCUCUUCAUGAAGAUACUCUGCAACCUCUUCUACGAAAUCUACAAGAGAGAUACCAAGAAUGGCCUAAAUUUCAACAAGUAGCAGCAUAUGUAACAUUGGACAACAUGAUUAAUGCCCCAUUGAUGGUUUUGCAAAAUCUCAAAGUCAUUCCUACAAAAGGACGUCCUUCUG